AUGAAGUCGCGGAUUCGUUAUUGCGGGAUUCGUUAUUGCGUUGAGACCACCAUUGAGGCGCGUCCAGGUCCUUCUCUCCUCCCCUCCUCUCCUCUCCUCGCCACCGGUUAUCACUCAUUUGCCGCGUCGCUAGGACCCAUGCCGGCUUUCCUCCCACCCCUCUUCUUCCGCCGGCCGGGACUCCAGCCGGCAGCAUCUGCACCAAUCGCUGCUCCCGGAACCUCCUUUCGCGUCUUCCAGCCAAUCACGCCCAGCCGACGUGGCAGCGCUCCCGCGGCGCCAGCGCCAGCGGGCGGUACGCUGCCGCGUGGCCCGGGGGCUGUCCACGUGGCACAAGUCGUGCUGCUGGUCGUCGUCGCUGCCGCGCUCAUCGCGUGCGACGUGUGGGGGCUGCACCCGUGGAACAGGAACGUCGCACAGGUCGCACAGGUGGCUCCUAAUGGGCAGGAGGAGUCGCAGGUGGGGCAUCGAGGGGCGGGCGAGGGCGGAGAAAUCGGCGGAGAUGGCGGCGUUAGCGGUGGCAGUAGCGGUGGUGACAGUAACGGUGGUGAUAGCACGUGGGACAGCAGCAGCGGUGUGGAGUACAGAGGGGCGCCGUGGAAGGCUGACGUGGGGCGGUGGCUGCUGGCGUGUGGCGACCAGCUGCCGCCCGUGACUGUAGGCGAGGCGCUCUUCUCCCAGGCGUGUCCCGGCAACUGCAGUGGCAACGGCGUGUGUAAGCACGAGCUGGGGGACUGCAGGUGCCGACACGGGUUCUCAGGCCCUGACUGCUCGCAGUUGCACCUGCACCAGUGCAACCUGCCCGCGUCACCCGAGUGGCCCGUGGGUACCUGGGUGGCGUCCAUCUGCCCGGCUCACUGCGACACCUCCACCGCCCUCUGCUUCUGUGGGAAUGGCACGCGAUUCCCCCACCGCCCCAUCACCCACCCCUGUGGCUUCGUAUACAGGAGCCACGACUUUGUUUACAGCGAGGUGGACACGGUCCUGCUCUUCCAUGCCCACACCGGCUACUGCAACGCAGACCCGCGAGUGGGCUUUCAGCGCGACUAUACGGGUGCUCUCUGCACGGCUCCUGCCACAGAGGAUACUGCCAGGUGCGUGGGCAAACCCCCAGUGGGCUCUCAAUGCCUGGGCUUUCAGCGGGACUACACGGGGUGUGGCGUGUGCGACGUGGACGGGUACUUAGGGCCCUUCUGUGACGUGCGUGUGGAGUCAUUCUGUGCUAACCAGUGCUCGCUGCAUGGGUCCUGCCACAGAGGGUACUGCGAGUGGGACUACACGGGGUGCAGCAUGUGCGAUGUGGACGGCUUUCUGGGCCCCUUCUGUGACGUGCGUGUGGAGUCAUUCUGCCUCAACCAGUGCUCGCUGCACGGCUCCUGCCACAGAGGGUACUGUGAGUGUGCCGUCCGCCUCUCUCCUGGGCUCUCUACUCUGCCCCGAUUCACUUGUUUACAUUCUCUGUCCCAUCCCAUCCACUCCUCCCUCCAGUGUUCGCACGGUUUCUUUGGCAUGGACUGCAGUGUGCCGUCCGCCUUCACGCCUCGUGCACUCUUCAACCACCCAUCUGCAUCGCUCCAGCUGGAUUCGCCGCCCGCUGACGUGGCAUCAACGGCUGUCGAUGCACCGUUGGCCGGCACAGAUGGGGAAAGAGGCAGCAGAAGCAGCGUUGGAGACCCGUAUGAUGAAUCCAUUGUCACACCUGGCGAUGCUGCAGGCAACACCCCUCCUGGGGAUGUGCAGCGCCGCCGUGUGCUGCAUGGUGCAGGCAGGGAGGACACGCAUCACGGGCCACAGGCUCGUCUUGGUGCUGCUUCUGCUGCCGGUGCUACUGAUGGUGGUGAUGCUGCUGCUGCUGCUGCUGCUGCUGCUGCUGCUACUGCUACUGCUGCUGCUGCUGCUGCUGCAGGCGCCAAGUCAGGGUGGCAGAGGAGGGUGGUGAACCUGGCAGCGCAGCGGCAGGUGAAGCCAUUCGUGAGGAGGCAGUGGGAGCAGCGGCGGGGCAGGGCGGCAGUUGGCAGCAGCAGCAGGCGGUGGGUGCGGCGGAGGCGGCCGUUGAUCUACGUCUAUGUUCUGCCGGGAGAGUUCACAUUCCACCAUCUUGAGGCAAGGAAGAUCCGCGCCUACUGCACCACGCGGCUGUAUGGCAUGAGGAACGAGACCCUCUACAACCACUUCCAGCUCUAUGGCAUGGAGGUGAGCAGUGGGCACAUUCAGGUGGCAGUGUUAGAGUCACUGCUGGCCAGCCCCCAUCGCACCACCAAUGCUACGGCAGCCGAUUACUUCUUUGUGCCUGUCAUGGGUGCAUGCAUCACUGCGCGCGCUGACGACUCGCCCGCCACCUCCAUGCAGGUGGCAGUGUUAGAGUCGCUGCUCGCCAGUCCACAUCGCACAACCAAUGCAUCGGCAGCCGACUAUUUCUUUGUGCCCGUCAUGGGUGCGUGCAUCACUGCACGCGCUGACGACUCGCCUGCCACCUCCAUGCAGGGCAAGUUCAAGAACCGUCGGUCAUAUUUCGCAGCAGACUACUACCAGCAAGCACUGGAGCACAUCCGAUCUGCCUACCCUUUCUGGAACACAACACACGGCCGCGACCACAUCUGGUCCUUCCCCUGGGACGAGGGAGCGUGCAGCGCCCCUAAAGACGUGUUUAACGGCAUCAGGCUAUCUCACUGGGGCAACACUAUGGCCGCCCACAACCACUCCACCACUGCCUAUCUCCUCGACAGCUGGCACGACAUCCCGCCAUCCCUGCGCGGGCGGCACCCGUGCUUCGACCCGCUAAAGGACGUGGUCAUGCCGGCCUUCAAGCCGCCCAAUGUGGCGCACCUCAGGGGGCGGCUGUGGCUCAAUCCAGUGGAGCAACGGAAGCGUUUGUUCUUCUUUGGAGGCAACUUGGGGCUCAACUUCUCCAACGGCCGCCCAGAGGCCAACUACAGCAUGGGCAUCCGGCAGCGAGUGGCGCUCUACUUUGCAUCGCAGCCCAACCGGCACGGCCACGUGGGGCUGCUGUCUAGACCUGAUGUGCUCGUGCUGCCAGGGCCCGUCCCUGAUUAUGCACUGCAGCUAUCACAGGCGCGAUUCUGCGGGGUGUUUCCGGGGGAUGGCUUCAGUGCGCGCAUGGAGGACAUGCGAAUAGCAGAAGCUGACAUCCCCAACCUCGUCACCGUUCUCAACUCCUUCUCAUCCCGCCAAGUGCGGGCCAUGCAGCGGGCGGCGAGCCUUGUCUGGAUGCGGUGGUUUUACCGGUCGGCGGUGCUGCUGGAGGCGGGGCGGCAGAGAGCGCAGGGGAAGGAGGUGGGGGAGUGGGUGGCGGAUUUGGAGGGCAUGGAGGGGGAUGAUGCGGUCGACACACUUCUGCAGACCAUUUCAGGUCCGUCAAAUUCCUCUCAACCUCCGUUUCCUCCCCCUUUUUUCCCACACCUUUCCCUCCUUCCCCCUUCCUUCCUGGCUUCCCCCUUCCCUCCUCUGCCUGGGCAUUCAUGGGGUCACGCACAGCAACCCCAGUCUUGGAAGGCGCUGCGGUGGGUUGUAGCGGCGCUCUACCUCGCCGCUACAGCCGAUUUGACUCAAACUCCCCCCAAUCCACGCCCCCCUCUCCCCCCGGCCAAACUGGCCAUGCUACAGCAACCCCAGUCGUGGACGGCGCUACGGUGGGUUGUAGCGGCCCUCUACCUCGCUGCUACAGCUGUCUUCUGCUGGGCGGCGGGCCGCACUGUAGCUGCCAGGCUGGCAAGCCGGCCGGCCUCGGUGGAGCAGUUUCUGGAGUUUGCUAUUCCAGAGCCCACCCCUGAAAACGUCCGCCUUGUGCGGGAGCAGCGGUGGCGUGCGCAGGCGCCACGAGGGCUAUCGGUGGUGAAGUGGAGGAUGGACCGAGACGGGCGGUGGGAGAAGGACCCUUCCUUCGUGGGUGAAACCGCAUGGCAGGAUCAAGGCUCUCUGGACCGAUCCACGGCCACUGGGCUGCUGACACGUGGCAGUGAGGAUGCUGGUGCCACGAGCAGCAGUGCCACAACUACUGCUGCUGUUUCUGCUGGUGCGGCUGCCAGCAGCAGCAAGGGCGGGUGGAGGGAGCGGUUGCAGCGGUGGGAGGAGGCCGUGGUGGAGGGCGAUAUCAAGGACCUGUUUGAAGAGCCCUCCAGCCGCUACGAGUACGUGUACGACUGGGAUCUGAUCAAGGCGCAGCAGGAGGAGGAGAUGUCGAGGCGCGCAAGGGGGGAGGGCGAGGCGGACAGCCCGGCGGUGUGGCUGCAGCGGCGGUGGUGGAAGCACCGACCGGGCAUGCCGUACGUGUGGCUGCUGCACAAGAUACAGACGAACGAGGUGGACGCUGCUGUGUUUACCGCUGACAUGCGCCGGCUCUACGUCACCAUGAAGGACGGGUUUCCCGCCGAGUUCAAGGUGGACAUUCCAAUCGACCCCUUCCUCUACCCCUCGCUGCUGCUCAAGGGAGUCAACGUGGAUAUGCUGCCACGCUCGCGCCUCUUCUUCCUGCGCGGGGUGGCCGCCCUGCUGCCCUCGCUGCUGCUGCUGGGCGGCAUCGGGGCGGCGCAGACCGUCUUCAAGAGGCGUGUGGACGAGAAGAUCCAUGAUUACAUUUACAUGGACAGGUCGCAGCUGCUGCUGCCGGAGGACGUGCACAGGGAGGGCCAGCGCAGUGCGUACGACGAUGUGGUGAUGGCGGAUGACAUAUGGGAGGUGCUGGAGGAGGUCAUGGCGUACAUGCGCGACCCCAUGCUCUUCCACUCGCAGGGCAUCAAGCUUCCCCGAGGCAUCUUGAUCAGCGGGCCACCGGGCACAGGCAAGACGCUGUUGGCACGGUCCAUUGCACGCGAGUGUGGGCUGCCGUUUGUGUUCACCUCUGGGGCGGAGUUUGUUGACUCCACCUCUGAGAGUGGGCUGGACAAGGUUUUCAACAUCUUCUUCACUGCGCGCGCCAAUGCGCCAGCAUUCCUGUUUGUGGACGAGAUCGAUGCCCUGGCAGGCAAGAGUGUGCUAAAGGACCCGGAGAGGCGCGACGUGUAUGAGGAGUUCCUGGCCGAGCUGGACGGCGAGGAGGAGCACACGGAUGUGGACCGCUUCUCGCUGCGGCAAUCGGUGAUCCUAAUCGCCGCAACCAAUCGACCGGACGAGUUGGACGAGGGGCUGACCAAGGCGGGUCGCAUCGACCGUGAGAUCCACGUGGGGCUGCCCAGUGAGGAGCAGCGCAUCGCCAUCUUUGGCGUGCACUCCCGGAACCGGUUGCUGGCUCUGUCAGUUGACUUCUCCAAGGUCGCCUUCCGCACGAUAGGCUUCUCAGGCGCGGACAUCCGCAAUCUGGUGAACGAGGCGGGCAUCAUGGCAGUGAGGCGCGGCCACACAGUGAUCGAGCAGGGCGACGUGGUGGCAGCGCUGGACAAGCAGCUCUUCGAGAGCCUUGGGAUCUCCAUGACUGACGACGAGCAGCAGAGACUGUUUGCCAAGGUCCCAGCGGAGGUGAGGAGGGUGCUGGCAGUUCACGAGGCGGGCCACGUGCUGCUCUCACACCUCUUCCCCGCCUUUGACUGGCACGCCUUCACCCACAUCCUCCCCGGCGGCCAGGAGCGGGCACUGUCGGUGUUCUACCCGCGGCAGGAGAUGCUACUCAAGGGCAGCACGAGCAUCGGGUACCUACACAUGCAGAUGGUGGUGGCGCAUGGCGGCAUGUGUGCCGAGCGCCUUGUGUUUGGCGACGAUCACGUCACGGACAACGGCCAGGACGACCUCAUGAAACUCUCGCAGAUCGCACGCGAGAUAGCAAGCAGCCAUGCGAAUCCGCGGUUUGGGCUGAUGCCCAUCACCAUGCACCCCAUCAUGGAGCCGCCGGGCUUCCCUGAUGAAGUCGAGCUCAUUCCCUCCUCUGUACGUUUGGGUCUGGGGUUUGGGUAG